AUGACACUUUUAUUUCAAAUUCGUUUAGAACAAGAUAGUUUAACUUUGAGAGGACCAUUUACGGAAUCUGUAGGUUGCGUUCUACGCGGACAACUCGUGUUAUUAAUUACAAAGCCUAUCAAUACCGAAGAAAUUAAAUUAACAUUUCAGGGAAAAUCAAAAAUUGCGUGGAAUAGUGGUAAUAUUAUAGAAACAAGCGAAAAGAGAAUAUUAUAUAGACAUGAUUGGGUUUUCCUUGCUGCGCAAGAGAAAUAUCAUGUUCUUCAGCCGGCAAAUUAUUGCUGGAAUUUUGAAUUAAUCCUUCCCGGAACAUUAAAAGAAACGAUUGAAAAAUGUAAUAGAAGUUACAUUCGUUAUAACCUUAAAGCUACCUUAAAAAGACCAACUUUCUCACAAAAUAUUCAUACUAAACGUAAAAUCCAAAUCAAUAGAUGUUUGAUGUCUAAUUGUUUUAAUUUACUGCAAAGUUUUGUUCUUAUUAAUUCAUGGGAGAAUAAAGUUGAAUAUGAAUUUUCAAUCGGAACAGGAUAUUUCUGCCUUGAUGAUAAGAUUCCAGUAGAACUUAUUAUGAAACCUUUAAUAAAAGGAAUAAAUAUUCGUCGAUUUAAUUUGAUUUUUGAAGAGCACAGAACCCAUAAAAUUGGAACGAAAACCAUGAAAGAAGUAAUAAUAAUUAAUAUAAAGAAAUAUUCAUCAGUAAUUCUUUUUGAUAAUGAAACUUGGAUUAAAAAUGAAGAAAUGUCAAUUCCAAAGUUUCGGUGUUUAGCAGAUUCUGAAAAUGACCAAAUUCGUAUCAAACAUAAAAUAAGAUUUAAUGUUGCAUUUCAAAUUAAACAUAAGGAUUACCGUGAAGUUACAGCAAGUUUACCUGUCAUAAUUACUCCAAUUGGAACUAUGCUUGAUACACUUCCUACCUACAAUAGUUAUUAUUUUGACAGAGAAAUCAACGAAGAUUUUUCAUCUUCAAUACCUUCCAAUAAUAAUUUAACUUCCAGAGACAAUAAUUUAUAUAAUAAUUUAUCAUCCAGUAAUAAUAAUAAUUAUUUACCUUCAUACGAUAGCACAAUAUCUUUAAUUCCUUUAUUUAGUCAAAGAGUAAGUGUUAAUUCGGGAAAGAAACCUCAAAUGUAUGGAGUAAUUCUUUAUAUGGCACCAGAACGUUUUAGUUUAGGAAUGAUUAUGUGGGAAUUAACAACGGGACGUAAGCCAUUUCAUGAUCGAAAACAUGGACCACUUUUCAUAUUAGAUAAUUUAGCAGAAAUCACUAGAAUGUUGGAAAAUUUUAAUGAAAAAACGUUGCAUCCUAAUGAUAUCAAAGAACAUUAUCCAGAUAAAUAUGUUAUUGAUAUUUUGUUAGAAUUGUUAGAAUUUAAAAAGGCGAAAAAAGAAAGACUUGAAAUGAACAAAUCCCAUUAUAAUUAUAUGAGCAUCCAAUCUUUAGACUCGAUGUUAGAAUCUAUUAUUAAUUCAUCAAUGUUUGGUUAUAUGAAAUUUGUAGUAAAAUCAACAUGUGAUAAUGUCACUUUAAAAGUCAUUUGA